CGUUUCUGGCCACAAGAACACGUUCGAUGAUGAGUACUACAAGCAUCAUCCCAUUCAGCAUUCGUGCAGUUGAUAUCGACGGAAGUCAACUGCCCCUUCCUUUCGGUAACAAAAAGGUUGAGUGUGUGGAAAAGAAUGGACUCUUGCUUGAUGAUUUUGCAUCUACACAGUCCACUGAUUUCGUGAGUUGACGGGUUGCCUAUCGUGUUUAGACCGUCAAGUUGUCACCUCGCGUCAAGUGUUCGCAUGGAAGUCCACUGUAUUAUCACGAACAAGCCAAUUUCUACUGUCACGGCUCGAUGAAUCGUUCUGAACAACUUGUGAUCGUUCGUCACGGCUAUGGUAGAAUCUCAAGACUCUGGCACCAACUUCAAAACUUGAAGAAAAAGUCUGCGCUCAGUUAAAACUAACCCAUAAUGAAAUUGCCAUCCCAAUGUUCGAUAGCUCUUCCUGUCGAUUUGACACAGCACUCUGCCCACUGAGACCAAAUUCGAAUCCACAGAUUCACCCCAGAACCGUCCAUACAGUGUCGACGAAGUAACCGGUUGCUAACAAGGUCGCGAGCUCCUGUCCUGACUUGUAGUGAACGAGAGGUGUCUCGAUUGCGAGCCUACAAGCAUUGUUUAUCGAGUUGGGUUUUACAGCAUUCUGAAUAAAUUUACAGCUUUGAUUCCCAAGUAGGAAACUGACACCAUGACGACUGAAGUCUUUCAUGGCUGCCUACUAUGAUCGAAACAUAAUGAUGAUAUUGCAGCAAUGAAUGUUUCUGUCUCUGCUCGAGGAUGAAAUUUCUCAGAAUUUAGAAACUCAAGAAUCAACUUACUUGGAUGAAGCUUUUACCUUGAUUUGAGUAUAGGUCUCUUGUGACUCAGUUGGUUAUAAGCAUGCAAUGCUAACCCUUCCCAUGCAAACUAGAUAGGCUGGAGUAUGUAAUUCGUGCAUGCGCAAUAUUUUCUUGGAGCUGACUGCCUGCUUCAUAACAGGGAUCAUUAAUAGAUGCUCUUUAGGGUCAUCAAUGAUUGAUUGAGCUUGCAGAGUUGGAAAGACCUCCAAGGCAGCUACUGUAAGCAGAGAUGAUGGGAAGAACAGUUGCUGUAACUGGAGCAAAUGGAUUUCUGGCUUCAUGGAUCGUUAAGCUUUUAUUAGAACGUGGAUACAAUGUGAGAGGAACGGUAAGAAAUCCAGAUAAUCUGGACAAAGUUAGGCAUUUGCUGGAGUUGCCAGGAGCAAAAGAAAGACUUGUUCUUUACAAGGCAAAUUUGUUGGAAGAAGGAUCCUUCCAUGCCAUUUUUGACGGGGUUGAGGGUGUCUUCCACGUUGCAUCACCAGUUCCAGCGACCAUGCCGGAUGAUUUAGAGAACAACCUUCUGAGGCCUGCAUUGCAGGGGACCUUAACGGUUCUCGAGGCUGCUAAAAGUUACAAGAGUGUUAAGCGAGUUGUUGUCACAUCCUCCACUGCUGCCAUGUUUGAAUCUGAAGCUUGCAGGGAAAAUGGCAACGCAGUGAUAGAUGAAACCUGGUGGAGUGAUGAGGAAUAUUGCAGAAGCCCUCAGAGUUCUCUGGGGUUGUAUUCCCUUUCGAAAACAUUAGCAGAAAAAGCUGCGUGGAAUUUCGCGAAAGAGAAAGGCUUGGACGUAGUGGUCAUGAAUCCGGGGGUUAUGGUUGGUCCCAUUUUGCAAGGUUCAGUAAAUGCCAGCACGUGGAUUGUCAUGAACUAUCUGAACGGUUCACUAAAGAAAAUCCCGAAUCGAGUCUUUGGAUUCCUUCAUGUGAAGGACGCGGCAUUGGCACAUAUUAUUGGUUUUGAAGAUCCAUCAGCCGAAGGGCGUUACCCGCUGGUUGAGAGGACGAUACAUGCAAAGGAACUUGCAGAAAUAUUAAGAAUCAUAUGCCCAAAUUGCCCCGUUCCCGAAAAGUGUGAAGAUAAUGGACCACCUCGUGAGGAAAACUAUUGCUCGGACAAAAUAAAGAAACUCGGUGUGGUGUUGACCUCUUCUGUGGAAGCAUUGAGGGAGUGUGUGGAAUCAAUUAAAGCUAAGAAAUGUAUUAAUUGUUGAAGUUUCGAGAUGACGAUAGAAACGCUUGAAAUGGUAGAAGAAGUAUACGAUGACAUGUACCUAUUGACAUACAGUACUAUCUUCCGAUUAAGGUUCCGGAGGAUUUUAGAGCGGCAUAACCAUCUUGUGAUCGACUAGCUAUUUUCGAGAUCUAAAUCUGUAAUUUGAUGUAUUUUAAAUUUUAGUUACAGCUAUUGUUUAUGUACUUGAUGUACUCCAAUAUAGAUUCUGGGGGAUUCGAGAGAACCAUCUUGUAAUAGAAUACCCAAUUUAAGUCUUAGUUAUAGUUAUCCUUUAUUUAUUUGAUGAACACUUGUGAAUAAACGAGUACCCUACCUAUCAAUCCUCAAAUGCUUUCA